UCUCUAUAUUUUUUGUCUUUCAAUUCCUUUAUAAUGUUUCCUCUUUCCCCUCCCUUUCGAUGUUCACUGUCUCCAUCUUCCCACCAUCCGUAGCCAUGGCUCUAUCAGUUCAGCACCAACGUGUUUACUCGACUCCACGCCCAUGAGAGAGAACAUAAGAAAACAAAAAACAAAGAAAGAAAGCAAAAAUCGGACGCGAUUACUGAGGUUUGAGAGUGAUAUUGGGAUUAAUUCAUCCAUUGGAUUACUCAGAGUAUAGCUUUUUGCAAUGACAGUCAAUGGCGGUGAGCGCCAGAGAACAAUAGAGAAAAAAAGUGAGGAAAGAAAGAAACCAUGGCCACGGGAAAGAUGGAGCUGGAGUAGAAAAAAAAAGAGAGAAAUUGAAAGAGAAAAAAAACUCAUCCCAAUCGUGUUAUUUUCUAUCCUAUUUCACAUUUUAAAAAAAUAAAUUGCCAACUCACCUGAAUUUUAAGUCUAAUUUGAUAGGAGAGACCAUUUUUUUUUAGUCUUAUAAAAAAAAAUAAAUAUGAACUAAAACUGGACAAUUAAAAUAUUUGAAUAACGAUAGAAGAAGGUCGCGAGUUAAGACAUUGGUCCGGGUGAUUCUCGUCGGCGUUUCUAAGCUGAAUGCUUCAUAUUUCGAAUCUCUUCCCCUUGUUUGUUCGAACCACAGGUAGAGAAACUAAACCGGAUCUAGAUUUUCUUUCUUCUCCAAAUGCCAAAUAAACGAUCAAUUGGCUCAUUUCAUGUCCAAUUUGGUGAUGGUUCGCCGGAGGAUUUGGUCUACGAAGACCUUUCACGCAGCUGCUUUAACAGUCUUCAAUGCUCAGCAGCAUUUUCGUCGUCGUCCAGUUCUAUUCAACAUUGCUUUUCAGUUCAAACAGACUUGUUUCUCUUCUUCGAAAGCCAACAGUUUUCAGGUUCCGGAAUUCUAUUCUCUGGACAAGAAAAUAUCUUAUUUGAUUCGAACUGGCCGAAUAAAUGAAGCAAGGGCACUAUUCGAUAGCAUUAAGCAUUGGAAUACGAUCACAUGGAAUAGGAUGAUCACUGCGUAUGUGAAAAGAAGAGAGAUGUUGAAAGCACGCCAGUUGUUCGACGAAAUGCCUAACAGAGACAUUGUGUCGUGGAACUUAAUGUUAUCAGGUUAUAUAUCUUGUGGUGGAAAGUUCAUUGAGAGGGCACGGAAUAUGUUCGAUGAAAUGCCAGAAAGUGAUUGUGUUUCAUGGAACACAAUGUUGAGUGGGUAUGCUAAGAGUGGGAUGAUGGAUAAAGCAGAAGAGCUUUUCAAUGACAUGCCUGAGCGUAAUGUUGUCUCAUGGAAUGCCAUGGUUUCUGGUUAUUUAAUGAAUGGUUAUGUGGAGAAAGCUAUCGAGUUCUUUAAGUUGAUGCCAAAACGAGACUCUGCUUCUCUUAGGGCAUUGGUUUCUGGACUGAUUCAGAAUGACAAGUUGGUUGAAGCUGAAAGGAUUCUGUUUCAAUAUGGUGGGAAUGAUGGUAAAGGAGAUCUUGUUGAUGCUUAUAAUACUUUGAUUGCUGGAUAUGGCCAGAAAGGAAUGGCCUAUGAAGCCCGGAAACUGUUUGAUCACAUCCCUUCUCUUUGUAUUCAAGAGGAAGAUGACUGUGGUAACUCUAGGAGGAAUGUGAUUUCAUGGAACUCUAUGAUAAUGUGCCAUGUGAGAGCUGGUGACAUAGUCUCUGCUCGAGAACUAUUCGAUAAAAUGGUUGAGCGAGAUACUUUUUCAUGGAACACGAUGAUUAGUGGCUAUGUCCAGAUCUUGGAUAUGAAAGAGGCCUCGAAUCUUUUCAGUAGAAUGCCAGAGCCUGAUACCCUUUCUUGGAAUAUGAUGAUAUCUGGGUUUUCUGAGAUAGGUAGUUUGGAACUGGCUCGUGACUUGUUCAAAAGGAUACCAGAGAAAAGCCUUGUCUCAUGGAAUUCCAUGAUAUCUGGCUAUGAGAAAAAUGAAGACUAUAAAGGAGCAAUGAACAUCUUUUUGCAGAUGCAACUUGAAGGUAAAAAACCGGAUAGGCACACUUUAUCAUCAAUUCUAAGUGCUUGUGCUGGGUUGGUAGAUCUGGCUUUAGGAACUCAGAUUCAUCAACUAGUUACAAAAGCCUUUAUUGCAGAUUUACCCAUAAACAACUCUCUUGUUACAAUGUACUCAAGAUGUGGAGCAAUCGUCGAGGCACGGAUGGUUUUUGAUGAAAUGAAUCUUCAGAGAGAUGUCAUUUCUUGGAAUGCGAUGAUUGGUGGGUAUGCCUCUCAUGGCUUUGCAACAGAGGCUCUUCAACUAUUUGGUUUGAUGAAACAAUGUAAUGUGCAGCCUUCUUAUAUCACAUUCAUUUCUGUUCUGAAUGCUUGUGCUCAUGCUGGAUUGGUCGAGGAUGGCAGGAGAGAAUUCAACUCCAUGGUUAACUCGCACGGGAUCAAGCCACAAGUUGAACAUUAUGCAGCCCUUGUUGACAUCAUCGGUCGACAUGGGCAACUUGAAGAAGCGUUGAGUUUGAUUAAUAGCAUGCCAUGUGAACCGGAUAAAGCAGUGUGGGGUGCAUUACUAGGUGCUUGUAGGGUGCAUAACAAUGUUGAGAUGGCUCGAGCAGCGGCUGAAGCGUUAAUGAAGCUCCAACCUGAAAGCUCAGCUCCAUAUGUGCUGCUACAUAAUAUGUAUGCCGAUGUGGGACGAUGGGAUGAUGCUGCUGAAAUAAGAACAAUGAUGGAGAAGAACAAUGUUCUAAAGUACGCUGGAUAUAGUCGGGUGGAUUCUUAUUGCUAAAGAUAUUUGAUUGGCUUCCAAUGCUUGGAAAAUCAUUAAAGAAACUAAUCAAGACCAGAAGCAUCCUCAAUAAGGACAAAGGAAAGAGAGUCUAGAAUAAUACUAUAAGAUCUCGAUACUUCUUUGGAGCAAGAAGAAGUGCCACGAAUGAUAAAAGAUCCAAUGAGCCAUACCAUUCGCCUAUUGUGCAUACUAGCCAAAGAAGACGGCACGACCAGAGAUGCCAAAAGCUAUAAUUUUAUCCACAAAGCCAUCUAGCUCCAACAAAGCUCGUCAGCCGGUGUUUUGUGGAAUCAAGUUGUAUU